UGGAGAAGCUGCAAACAGCUGCAGCAGGAAAAGGACAGCAACUUAUCAGUGCUCUCACCUUACAUCAGAAGCUUCAGGAGAAGCAGUUGGGGGUUGAGCCUAACACUGUAUUCCUGAAGUGGUGGGUUUUGUUCAAACACUUAUGUUCUCUAGGAAACACUUCCAGAACAGAGUUUCAAUUUGUAUUUUAAUAGAAAUUUUCUUAGUACAGUUGCCCUCAAGGACCACAGGUUGCAUACCACUGUAGUAAAUUGGUAUAGGAGACAUUCCCUAUUCUAGGGGUUUAGCAUGUUGACACUGAAAAGUUUACACCUAUUGCUAGACGAGUAGCAAGUGACUUAACUGGUAUAUCAAACUGGGAUCAACAGUACAGUAGAAUGUUGCACUAAUACUAUAUUGUUUAAUACAAAGCAUCAUUGUGAAAGAAUGGUUCAUAUAGACAUCUCUCUAAAGAGUCUGCAGAAAACCAGUAUUCUAGUGGUAUGUGCUGACUUAGGCCUCAUAAGUGACUUUAACAAGUUACUUAACCCAGUGUUAGUGAAGAACUUUGAAAAUGCAAAGCACUGCGUGAGUGACUAGUAGUGAUCUGGAGUUUGGUACUGGACAUUUGCAGAUCAUCUAAUGAAACUCUGGUCAUUACUGUAAAAUGAAAGGAUUUACCAAUUGAAAUGUAGAUGUUAAUGAUUUCUGUGAUAAUUUGCAGCAAUUGAAACAUCUGAUUGAAACUGCCCCCUUUUCAGACUGAAUCUUAUCUUCCAUCUUAAACUCAUUACAAGUCAAAGUCCUACAAAAGUCUGGUCAUUUACAGUGGUAAUAUUGGAAAAGUGACAAAUGGGAAAGUGGGGCAGCUGUGCUCCCUUGCUUUCUGUCUGACCUACUGGGAGUACAGGUUGGAGUAUGUUUGCUACUUAGCAGGAAACUGAAAUUCAGGCACAAGUUAUUGUAAACUCAAAGUGUGAACAUGGGUGAAAAGAAACCGGAGCCUCUGGACUUUGUAAAAGAUUUUCAGGAAUAUCUUACUCAACAGACUCACCAUGUAAAUAUGAUUUCUGGAUCUGUUAGUGGGGACAAUGAAGCAGAUGCCCUUCAGGGAGCUGGGGCAGAUGGUGAUCAGAAUGGACUAGAUCAUCCUUCCGUUGAAGUUGCACUGGAUGAAAACUCAGGAAUGUUAGUGGAUGGGUUUGAAAGGACAUUUGAUGGAAAGCUGAAGUGUCGAUAUUGCAACUAUGCCAGCAAAGGAACAGCACGGCUUAUAGAGCAUAUCAGAAUUCACACAGGUGAAAAGCCACACAGAUGCCAUCUAUGUCCAUUUGCAUCAGCCUAUGAACGUCAUCUGGAAGCGCACAUGCGAUCACAUACUGGUGAAAAACCGUAUAAAUGUGAAUUGUGUUCCUUCCGCUGCAGUGACAGAAGUAACCUGUCUCAUCAUCGUAGACGCAAGCAUAAAAUGGUACCUAUAAAAGGUACUAGGUCUUCCCUGAGCAGCAAGAAAAUGUGGGGGGUUUUGCAGAAGAAGACCAGCAAUCUGGGAUACAGCAGAAGAUCAUUAAUUAAUUUGAGCCCACCUUCCAUGGUGGUUCAGAAGCCAGACUACCUUAAUGAUUUCACCCAUGAAAUCCCAAAUAUUCAGACUGAAGCAUAUGAAAGCAUGACAAAAACAACACAGACUGGUGGCCUGGCAAGAGAUCCACAAGACCUUAAGAUAGACAAUCCAUUAAAUCAGCUAUCAACAUUAGCAGGACAGUUGUCUAGCUUGCCACCUGAAAACCAAAACCCAGCAUCUCCUGAUGUUGUACCAUGCCAAGAUGAAAAGCCUUUUAUAAUACAGCAACCUACUGCACCAGCAGUAGUUUCAUCUGUGUCAACAAAUAUUCCUCAAAGUUCAUCUCCUACUAGCCCAGAUCCUCGGCCCCCACACAGUCAAAGAAACUACAGUCCAGUGGCAGGUCCAAGUAGUGAUCGCAGCGUCCAUACUAGUACUCCUAGCAUAAGUAACAGUCAGCCAAGUACUCCAGCUCCAACCCUUCCAGUUCAGGAUCCUCAGCUUCUGCAUCACUGCCAGCACUGUGACAUGUAUUUUGCAGACAAUAUCCUUUAUACUAUUCACAUGGGAUGUCAUGGGUUUGAAAAUCCUUUUCAGUGCAACAUAUGUGGGUGCAAAUGUAAAAAUAAGUAUGACUUUGCUUGCCAUUUUGCAAGAGGUCAGCAUAACCAACAUUGACUGAAAACAUGCUUUCAUUUAGUUUUUUUUAACAUAUGUUUCAUACUUGCUGAAGGAGACCUUGUUCAUCCCCAACAAGAAAUCUAACAAACAACUUGACAACGGAGGCAAAAUUCAUGUUAUCAUAAAAUAUGCCAAGGAUAUUUGAGUCAUGGAGGUGGUAGUUUUAUGUCAUUGUUUAAAAUAAAAAGUUAUGAGGAUUGGCGUGCA